AUGGAGGUCCUGGAGUCUUCUGGUUUCCGAGCCGAGUCACAAGGGCCCCGAGACAUCGUCGAGGGAUGCGACGACUUCAGAGAUAGUCCCACCCUAGUUCUGUCGCUCAUCGCUACCGAGAGCGACGAACCUGAUGCAGUUAAUGUAGGCCCCGAUGAAGGCGCAGGCUUUGUGGGCAAUAUUCAACAGUACUUCCAAUUGCGCCGUCACAGAAAUCAUGAGUGGACCACUCGCCAUGGUGGCCUCGGCCUUGUUCGCCAGAAUGUCGGAUUCGCCGGUCGCCACGAUGGACUUGGGUUCCGUCGGCGGAUUCGUGAAUUCGCCAGCCGCCUAGUCAAUCGAUACCGUCACUGA